CUCCGAGAUGGCGGGGCUCUGUUUUCUUCGCUGUUCGCUGACUCGCAUCCUCCCGGCCAUGGAUCUCCCACCGCCUUCGUUCAUGCACGUUCGCCAGCUCCACCGAGCAUCGACAGUGCCUCAGAAGGCAGCAGCCUCCCUGCCAGUGUCACACGGACGCGCAGCCGUCAGGCAGCUCCGCGCAAAGCCGCAGAGAAGGAGCAGGUCAGCUUGCUGCCAAACAACACAAACAGAUAGCAGCAACAUUCAUUGUCUUGUGUUCAGUGACCAGCUGGCUGCCUCCUCUUCUCCACUGGCAUCUGCCGUCCCAAUGCCGGCCCCUCCUAAUGCCUCUGAGUUUGCCGACGUGACCCGUCGUCGCAAUGACUUCCACCGCAAGAUGUGGAGGAGUCUGCAUCGCAAGAGGUGGGAUGCCUUCGAGGAGGGGCUGGAGGCGCUCGUGGGGUCGGGGCUGCCCAUGGACGAGGUCUCAUUCACCCUGGCGCUACACGGAUGCAUCAUGUCCAAGAAACACCGGAGCGAAGAGGUCAGACAGUCAGGCGCACAAAUGGAUGGAUGGCAGGAGUGACUGGCUAUGUCGGUGCUCGCUUGUUCGGUGUCAGGCAUGGGACGUGUUGCAGCAGAUGGAGGAGGCACAUGUGCACCCCACUCUUGUGAGGUUCAACAAGGUCAGCCACGGGGAAUCGAGUAGCGUCGACACACGGGCCAACGUAUUCGCCCCUUGCCUGUUCUGUACCUGUCUGCAGCGGCUUGUGGCAUCGUUCUUUGAGCUGUCACAGUAUGACGCAGCCCCCCAUCCCAUCCUCUGGCGCAAGGUCCUCAGAUCUGCUUGGUGAGAUACCACCACGCUGACCCACGAAACAGACACUCACUCACACACCAGUUCGUCGUCCCCUGGCUGUGUGUGCAGGUUCGUGGCCGCGAGUGUGCGUGCUCGGCGCCAGCGAGCCAUCAUGUACAGAGCAGAGCAGCUUCGAGAGGCGGUGAGCACCUGUCUACGCCCAUCCACCAACCCUCUCGCGACACAGUGUUGCCCCUUUCUUGCUUGCUUCAGGGUGUGCCUGAGAGCGAGUUGCCCGACCCCCACUCCCUAGCUGCUUUGUGGUACGGCCCCACCGACCCCCUCCUCACCCCACUAGCACAGGCACAGGCGCUCACACUCGACGACCAAGCGGCCAGCAGCACCACCAGCAUCCAGGGGGGCCAGGCACUGCCGUUCGCAUCAACACGUCGUGGUGUGGAGGUGCUUGCUGGGGAGACAGGGGACUCCGUCGGCAUGAGAAGCCACCCGAACGAGAUGUGGAGCGUCACCAGAGGUGAGACAGAUGAGAGGGGAUCAGCACGUCAGGACGGCCUCACUGCUCUGCCGCUGUGUGGUCUGUAUCCGUGCAUUCAGGUCGCGUGUCGCCGUUUGCCGCUCUGGUGCAUCGUGGCAUUCCCCUUGACAGCAUCGAUGGACCUCCUCUGCUCGAUCGUGAGCCCAGGCAGAGAAGACGCUCCAAGGACAAGCCGCCUGCCGAGGAGCCUGUCGCUGAUGAGCAGCAGGGCGCUGUCACUCCAGCCCCCAGCAAGAGGCGUCGAUUCUAUUUCGACAAGCAAGGGAAUCCACGUGUGGAGGGAUGGGAUGCGCCUGAGGGGCAGUGAGGGCCGCCCUUUUGCACAUUGGUAGUAGUUGUGCGUCGUUCGUAACUGCUGCGGGGAGUGUACUUGGCCGGUUCGUCGGCCGUGCCUGAGUGGAUUCGGCAACGACUGACGCAAAUCAGUCAGAGCUGAAUCAUCUUUGGCUGGGGGACGGAUCGGCCAAGAGCACUCCGCCAUGCUGUGUCCUUAUUGGUUGCACAUGGGCGUUGAUGUAUUGCACAGAGGUCUGCUGUGUUGCAUGACGGAUUGGUGCACUACAGUACCUGUCUGGUCUCUUUCGUCGCUGUUGAGGAGUGAUCAUGGCCGAUCCGUUGCCUCUUGCUGUGUGGAUCUGGCUUGGACUGAUAGAGAUCAGUCGACGCAGGUCAUGAAGCCAGACGGGACGGAUAGGAGGCCAGGAUCACUCAGCGCACGAUCGUGGUGUAUGCGACCGACUCGUGUGUACAGAACCACACAGAUCGCAUGAUAUGCCUUGAGCUGUCCCCUUUGAUGCCAUUGCCAACAGUUAUCUUCACGACAUACUCG